AUGGCCAACCAGAAAGCAAACCAGGAACAACAAACGCAGAAUGGAGAAAGAAAACAACAAAAGGUUCCUAGUAAAAAUGAAACAUUUGUGGAAAAACAAGCAGCAAAAGAAAGCAAUGCCAAAGGGAAAGAUGUUCAGAAUUCGGGUGAAGGAAUAAAAGGAAAUCAAACUCAAGAAGGGGGAAAUUUUGAUUCAGAUUAUGAUAUUGUAUUUUUCUAUCUUGGUGUAGAUACUCCUCCUGUUGAAGAGAAACAUGGUUCAAUGGAUAGAGAUAUUGUUCUUGCUCGAGUUUCUACAUAUAAGAAAUCGACACUUAUCAAAGCUAGGAUGGCACGAUACUUAGGAAUUCAAUCUUCGUCGAUACCACUCCAUGCACAAUUUGUCUUUGCAGUUGUUCCACUAGUGGAAUUAAAUUUAGCCAAUAUGGAAACAGAAUUACACAGUUUCUUGAAAAAAUUCUAUAUACCUAAUCACAUUCUUUUACCUGAUUCGGAGAAAGUUACUAUUUCUGAUCCACCAUCAUGCCCAGUACUGGUGUUCAUUAACUCCAAAAGUGGGGGUCAAUUGGGUGGGCAGCUUCUUAGUACAUAUCGUUCUAUUCUGAAUAAAGAUCAGGUAAUAGAUUUGCUUGAAGAGACUCCUGAUAAUGUUUUACGAAGAGUAUAUGUCAACUUAGAAAAGCUCAAGCACAAUGGUGAUGAACUUGCUUCUCAUAUUGAGGAGAAAUUAAGAAUUAUAGUUGCUGGUGGAGAUGGAACAGCUGGCUGGUUGCUUGGAGUUGUUUCAGAUCUUAAAUUGUCUCGGCCACCAGCGAUUGCUACGGUGCCUCUAGGAACUGGAAAUAACCUCCCUUUUGCAUUUGGUUGGGGAAAGAAGAAUCCUGAGACUGAUCUUGAUGCCGUUUUGGCAUUCUUAACUCAAGUAAUGAAGGCCAAAGAAAUGGAAAUAGACAGCUGGCACAUUCUAAUGAGAAUGAGGGCUCCAAAGGAAGGGUCUUGUGAUCCUAUUGCCCCUCUCGAAUUACCACAUUCCUUGCAUGCAUUUCAACGUGUUUCUGCAAGUGACACUCUCAAUGUUGAGGGUUUCCAUACAUUUCGUGGGGGGUUCUGGAAUUACUUCAGCAUGGGUAUGGAUGCUCAAGUAUCUUAUGCUUUUCAUACUGAACGUAAGCUAAAUCCCGAGAAAUUCAAGAAUCAGUUGGUAAACCAGGGUACUUAUGCGAAGCUUGGAUGUACACAAGGAUGGUUUUGUGCUUCCCUUAUUCAUCCAUCUUCAAAGAAUAUAGCUCAACUCACAAAAAUUAAGGUAAUGAAGAGUGGACAUUGGCAAGAACUGUCCAUUUCUCCCAGUAUUCGAUCGAUUGUCUGUCUGAACUUGCCAAGCUUCUCAGGAGGCCUCAACCCAUGGGGAAUGCCAAAUCAGAAGAAAACUCGUGAUAGGGACUUGACUCCACCAUAUGUAGAUGAUGGACUUAUUGAAGUUGUUGGCUUCAGAGAUGCUUGGCAUGGGCUCGUUUUGAUGCAUCCAAAGGGUCAUGGAACUCGUCUUGCACAGGCCCAUAGAAUCAGAUUCGAGUUCCACAAAGGUGAGACUGACCAUACGUUUAUGAGAAUUGACGGGGAGCCAUGGAAACAACCUCUCCCGGUUGAUGACGAUACAGUGACAGUGGAGAUAUCUCAUCUUGGACAAGUGAAAAUGCUGGCCACCCACGAAUGCAUAUCGAAAAGCGUGAACGACCCAUCCUCGCCCAGCCAUCACGAACGAGAGGACGAAAGUAACAGUGGAGAAGAGGAUGAUGAAUCAUGGGAAGAGAAGAGAAAAUUUGGAGCUGCUGACACUUUUAGAAUUCCAGAUGAUGCACAGAUUUCUCACAUCAGUUAG